AUGGCUGCUAGAAUAGCGGAGGAAAUGUCCGUGUCUUUGAGCAGUUUUGUGGAUAACAUUAAUCUCAAAGAUGUUUACACUGCGGAGGGGUCGAUGGAGUUUAAAGAGGAGGCUGUAGGGGAGGAAGAGGAGGAGGGGGGAAAGCGCACACCGGAGCUGUCUCUGCACGGAGACUUGUCACACUACGUGGCAACUUUACGCACGCACCCCGUGGCGUUGACCGGCAAGUUCUCGGUGGAGUCUCGAGGCUCUGGAGGCCCGUGGACACCGGGGGGCGUCAUCAACGUGAUCAGCGCUGACAUCGCUGCCCCGGGGCCGAAUACGUGCUCAGAAUCGCCAGAUAUUUACGCAGCGGUGGACGACACCAUGGCGCACGGCCAGCCGGACAUCAGCCACAUGUACGCGCCCCCUCACCACCACCCCCACCCCCACGCGGGCCCUUCCUACUCCUGCAGCGGGGACAUGUACCAGGAGCAGCCGGCAGGGGGCUACUUGGCCACAUCCACCUGCUCCUUGUCUUACCUCCCGCCCCAAAACUACAGCUCCGUGCCUAAACCGAGUGUGGAUGGAACCCUGCUCUCCAUCAUGCCGGACUACGGAGGCUUCUACCCGCAGAGCUGCCAGAGAGACCUCCAGGCGGCUUUCUCUGAAAGGAAAUCCCUCCCUUACCCUCUGGACUCCCUCAGGGUGCCUCCCCCUCUCACUCCCCUCAACACCAUCAGGAACUUUACGCUCGGCGCGCCCUCUGUGGCCGCAGAUGGCCCCAUGGCUGCUGCCUUUCCAAACCACCAGAGCCUCCCUCUCAGACCCAUAUUGAGACCCAGGAAGUACCCGAACAGACCGAGUAAAACACCCGUGCACCAGAGGCCGUACCCGUGCCCGGCGGAGAGCUGCGACCGCCGGUUCUCCAGGUCUGACGAGCUGAGCCGGCACCUGCGCAUCCACACCGGCCACAAGCCCUUCCAGUGCCGCAUCUGCAUGAGGAACUUCAGCCGCAGCGACCACCUGACCACACACAUCCGCACACACACCGGGGAGAAGCCGUUCUCCUGCGACCAGUGCGGGAGGAAGUUCGCCCGCAGCGACGAGAGGCGGAGGCACAUGAAGAUCCACCUGCGGCAGAGGGAGAAAAAGUCCUCCGCGGCCUGAUCCUCGCUGCGCAUGCGCAAAGCUGCUGAAUGUAAACUUUCUGCUCCUGCUGACACUGUGUGCAAAAAGAGCCCAAAUCCUAUUUUGUAGACUAAGUUGUUGUUCUCAGAAAAAAGAUGGAAGGAAUAUCUUUGGAAGCCAUAUCUUUAACAAACAUAAGAAUCAGGGAGAACCAGAGUUCACUAUGAUGUGCUUGGUCAUGCCUUCAGUAUUUAUAUAAAACAUAACUCCUCACUUAUCACUCAGUGGUCCAAAUUAUACACAGAAAUGCCCAUAAAAACGAAGCUGGUUAUUGUAGCGUUGCUUAUCUCCUCGAUUAAUCGUUUGGUCUAUACAAUCUCAGAAAGUAAUGAAAAAUACCAUUUAUCAAUUAUCAAAAGCUGAUUAUUUAUUUUAUAUUUCUUCUUAAUUGUAAGACAUAUAUAUGGAGUUUGGCUUGCUUUAGUGCUCUGUUGCAAGGCAUUGCGUCUACUACUGUAUCUGCUUCAUGUUCUCAGGGAUUACAUUACAAUUCAGGCUGCAAACACAGACUGAAAUCCUGCGAGUCAGCUGUCAGUUUACUGCUGCAGGUGGUUUGGUUUCUGUAAAAUGCACAAAAUAGUUCAUUUCCGAAAUAUACACAAAGAUUUUUGGACAGUCACUCAAAGGACAUACACAUUCCACAUGUUCCAAGUUAUUUAGGAUAAUCCCAUCUCAGCUGUUGUAUAGCAGCUAAAUAAUGAAUAUCUUAAAAGACAUCUUGCAGGGUUUAUAUGAGAUAAAUACAAACAGAUGAUAUUUGGUAUUGUUGUGAUGACACUAAAUAUGUCUUAUGAUGCUUAUUUAUCAAAAAAAAAAAUGCAUUCCUUAUUGUAAGUAUCGUUUUGGAAGCUUUGAUAUUGACAUAAAUCUGAUGGCAAACACAAAUUACAUUCGCUAUUUUAUUAAAGAACUCUGUGAAUUUUUCAAUGGCGGGAUGCAGCAAAAUGAAGCUUUUUUUUAACCUGUUUUUGUAGAUUAAAAAUGUUAAAAAUAAUGAUGUUUUAUUCACCUGAUGAAGAGUUGACUUUGGUGAAUUACAUGCAGCGGAUGUUGGGAUUUUGAGAGAUUGUAGCCGGAUAAUCAGAUGUAUUUCUGGUUAUAUUUUAUAUUUGUGGAUGCGUUCAGUAUGCACAGACCUGGGAUACUUGUGAAGAUUCAAACAGCAUUUCUACCUGAUGAAUGUGAGAGGAAGAAGAAAGAGAGUUACUGGACAAAUAAAAGUUGUUGUGUUUUAUAUUUGAUAUGCAAACAAGUCGAGCACUAAAGCUUUUAUUCUGCUGGACCGAUGCUUCUUGUCAAUGCAAAUAAA